CGUCACUUGCUACGAGAUCUUCCAGUUUGAUAAAAUACUUCAAGCCAAGAACCAAUAAACCAAGAUGUCUGCCAGAGAUUACUACCACAACCAGCAACAACCGUACGGUCAGCAGUACGGCGGGUACCCCCAGCAGCAGGGUGGAUACUACCCUCCUGCCCCCCAGCAAUCCUACCAGCAGCCCGGCCAAUACUACCCCCAGCCUCAGCCUCAACCGGUCUACAUCCAACAGCAACCACAGAAGUCUAGCGGUGGUGGUGGAUGCUGCGCCUGUCUCGCCGGUAUGCUCUGUUGUUGCUGUGCGGAAGAGAUGUGUUGCGACAUGCUCUGCUAAGAGCUGUGUAAAGCCUGUUGUCGCUACCUAUCUGCCUGAGUGUAUAGCAGCACCAGAUCCUGUCCAGUUGUGUCAUGAAAGUGUACAAAAGGUACUUGCAACUCGAAGAGAGAGAAGCUAUAGGACAGUCGUGUCGUUUUGACGAUUGCUUUCUUUCGUAUUUGAUCUAUCUCUUGCGCACGUCUAUGCUAUAUCCGAUUCCGUGU